UUCAAACUCACCCACAUGGAAUCCCAUAUCUACGUCCAUCUCUCCAUUAAACUUCACCAUGUGCUCUCCAUUCACACUCCAACUAAUUAAUUAAUGAGAGCCUUCUCUCUUUUUCGGUCUGUCAGUCUGUGUAUCAGUGUGCGUGGGAGAGAGAUAACUGGGUCAGGGUGGGGGAGCUGGGGCCUUGUCAUCUAAGUGCGACUAUAAAUACAUCCAAUAAUUGAUCAGUUUGGUGCAUGCAUAUAUGCAUGCAUAUGUAUCUAUCUAUAAACAUAUCUAAGUUGUCUUCCCAAUUUGAUUCAUAAUUAAGGAUACUGAAAAAUAUCCUAAAAUGGACAAGUACGAGGUUGUGAAAGAGUUGGGAUCUGGAAAUUUUGGCGUAGCCAGGCUCAUGAGACACAAAGAAACCAAGGAGCUCGUCGCCAUGAAAUACAUCGAGCGUGGACACAAGAUUGAUGAAAAUGUAGCCAGGGAAAUUAUUAACCACAGAUCACUAAGACAUCCCAAUAUAAUUCGUUUCAAAGAGGUUGUUUUGACGCCAACACAUUUGGGUAUUGUUAUGGAGUAUGCAGCUGGUGGUGAGCUUUUCGAUCGAAUUUGCACUGCCAGUAGAUUUAGCGAAGAUGAGGCUAGGUAUUUCUUUCAGCAGUUGAUCUCUGGAGUCUGUUAUUGUCACUUCAUGCAAAUAUGUCACAGGGAUUUGAAAUUGGAGAAUACACUGUUAGAUGGAAAUCCAGCACCCCGCCUCAAAAUCUGUGAUUUUGGUUACUCCAAGUCAUCAGUGCUGCAUUCAAGACCAAAAUCCACAGUUGGAACUCCAGCUUACAUAGCACCAGAAGUUCUCUCCCGCCAAGAAUAUGAUGGCAAAUUGGCAGAUGUAUGGUCUUGUGGAGUGACUCUAUAUGUGAUGUUGGUGGGAGCUUACCCUUUUGAAGAUCCAGAUGAUCCCAAGAAUUUUAGGAAAACUAUUUCAAGAAUAAUGGCUGUUCAAUACAAAAUCCCAGAUUAUGUUCAUAUAUCUCAAGAUUGCAGACACUUACUUUCUCGUAUUUUUGUUGCAAAUUCCUCCAUGAGGCUUACAAUAAAAGAUAUUAAGAACCACCCAUGGUUCUUGAAGAACUUGCCAAAGGAACUCACCGAGUCGGCUCAGGCUAUCUACUAUCAGAGAGAUAAUCCAAGCUUUUCCAUUCAAAGCAUUGAAGAGAUAAUGAAGAUUGUAGGAGAGGCUAGAAACCCUCCUCCGGCGUCAAGGCCGGUUGCUGGAUUUGGAUGGGGAGACGAAGGAGCAGCGGCAGAAGAAGAGGUGGAGGAAGGAGACGAUGAGUAUGAAAGGCAAGUGAAGGAAGUACGUGCAAGUGGAGAAUUUUAUGUCAAUUGAAUCUUGGAUUUAGCAGUCACAACACUGAAUUUGAAUUUUGUGAUUGUGUAGGAUGCAUAAUUGUACGACAUAUAAGCACAGAA